AUGAAACUCUUUAUUAUUUUUUGUCUUCUACUACCACUUGUAUUCGGCGGAGAUCCUAGAAAAUGUUCCGGAUUUCCGGCAACUCGUGAAGGUCUCAUAGAGGCGGCAUUCAACGUAGUGAAUAGCCGAAAAAUCAUCAAUUACACUCAAGGCCCACGACGCUGGUCUGGAAUUGCGAAUGGAAUAUGUCCCUCAGAUGACGUACCGCCUUAUGCCGAUUGCAGUUCCUUUGUUACUUGGUUAUAUUGGAGCCUCUUUGGAUCUUAUCCUGAUUAUCUUAACAGAGCGCGCUGGACGGGUGGUUAUACUGGAACAUUGGCCGAUAACGGAAUGCCAGUCUCUUUGAAUGAUGCACAGCCGGGGGACGUUGUUCUAUAUCGAACCGGAAACCGUCCAUAUAGUCACGCGGCUCUUUACGUUGGUGAAAACCGAGUUAUCAGCUAUGGCUCUACCGGUCCGGCGAAACUUCUUAACGUUGGCUUCUUCCCUAAUAAGAGUUACGAUUUGAGAACUUAUCCUGACUUUUUUGCGGUCGGAACACCAUGCAAUGGUGUACAAGGUACUUGCAUUGACACGGACACGACUACUUGUUCCAAACCUUUAAUAGCGGGCAAAUGCAGAGGACCAAACUUUGUCAAAUGUUGUCCGGAAUAA